UUACAGUUUACUCCUCUUCCUUCUUAUAAUCUUUUCCCGGAUUUUAAAAAUGUAAUUCUCUUAAUUGUUUAAUUAUUUUUUCUAUAUAUUUGUAUACAUGAUAUUUUAUAUAUAAUGUUUCUUCAACGUAGUUCUCGCGUAUUUCAACGGCAAUGGCGAGUCUGCCGAAGCCUGAAUCGCACUGCCGAAUGUCAAGUCCGUGCCGCUAUGAUAAGAGGAUUCCAUUCUACUAGGAACUUACAAGUGGUAAAACCAGUUCUACUUGCUGAUAUUGGCGAAGGCAUCGUAGAAUGUGAAAUAAUACAAUGGUUCGUCGAAACCGGCGCUCGAGUCGAGGAGUUUUCACCCUUAUGCGAAGUCCAGAGCGAUAAAGCUUCCGUCGAGAUCACAAGUCGAUUCUCCGGUGUUGUAAAGAAAUUGCAUUAUGAGGCCGGCGAAAUGGCAAAAGUAGGCAAGCCAUUCGUUGAUAUCGAUAUACAAGGCGGUGCAAGCCAGGAAGCUUUAGACGCUCUCACCGCCCCUGAGCCCGCGAAAGAAGGUGUCUCGGAACCUUUGAAGAGGGAUUCAUUCAGCCAGCCACCACAAUCUACAGAUAGAGUCGCCGAAUCUCCGACGCAAAUACAGUCGACACCCCAGGCGCCUCCGGUAAAAAAGGACAAAAGUAAAGCCAUAGCUGUUCCCGCGGUUCGAUUUCUGUCCAAGCAAUUGAAUAUCGACAUAAACGACGUCGAAGGGACAGGUAGAGACGGCAGGGUUAUGAAGGAAGAUCUUUAUAAGUUUAUCGAAAAGAGAGAUUCCCCUUCCCGGUCUACUAAACCGGGAAGUCUAUUCCGCAGCAUACCGACAGACACGGAUAAACAAAUCGAAACUACAGUGCAACUCACUAAUACACAACUCCAAAUGUUCAAGACCAUGACUCGGUCAUUAACGAUACCCCAUUUCCUCUACGCUGAUGAAGUCGACUUCUCCCAACUAUAUGAGUUGAGAAAGCGACUCAAUAAGGUCGUCUCGCAAUUAGCGGGAGAGGGAGAAAUAUCAAAAUUGACUUACCUACCUUUUAUUAUAAAAGGCGUUUCCAUGGCUUUGCAUCAAUAUCCCAUACUGAAUGCGCGCGUUGACGUAGAUACCGAGACCUCGAGGCCAACAGUUAUCCAUCGUAGCCAGCACAAUAUUGGCGUGGCCAUGGAUACACCCUCGGGGUUAUUAGUACCCGUGAUCAAGAAUGUAGGAGCCAUGAGUGUGCUCUCUAUUGCUGCAGAAUUAUCUCGUCUACAAUCACAAGCCGCUGCCGGAAAAUUGUCGCCGCAGGAUCUGAGCGGCGGUACGAUAACCGUAUCCAACAUAGGUAAUAUUGGAGGCACGUAUGUCUCGCCGGUCAUCGUCGAGAAGGAGGUGGCGAUCCUAGGCAUCGGGCGCAUACGCACCGUCCCGGCCUUCGACGAUAAGGACAACGUCGUUAAAAAACACGUUUGCAAUUUCAGCUGGUGUGCCGAUCACCGCAUCGUGGACGGCGCAACCAUGGCUCGUGCCGCCGAGGUCGUGCGCAAGAUUGUUGAAGAGCCAGAUGUUAUGACCUUGCACCUGCGAUAAUCUCACCUCCUUUUUCCCUCUCGAUCCCUUGAUGCCCAAGAUAGACGUCGGUUGGGAGUCACACGAGAACGCCACCUGCGUAAGGCGUACCAGCUUUGCGUGCGGAGGAAGAUGCGAGGACAUGUAUGAUUUGAUUUGGAGUAUAUGAUAUGUCAUAUACAGCACCAUACAGUCGCAAGGCUAAUGCGAGAUGUAGCAUGAGCAGAGCAUAGCGUAUUUCCCCCUAUUACACAAUGAGACAGCAUUUCCGUAAUACCUCCUCCCGCCCUUCCAUGCUUCUAGUGCUGAGU